AUGUCUGGAAGAGAUGAUUAUCGUAUCUUUGUGGGAGGUCUUACUUGGAGUACCUCAGAGAGGAUUCUUGAGGAUGCUUUCAGCCGAUACGGGAAGAUCAUUGAAUCGUUGGAGUAGUUAUUGAACAACUGAUAUGCAAAUAUAUGAGACUCAAGAAAGCUACUGCAUUCUGAUGUGAUGUUGUCUGAUUACAGAUUAUAUCAACUGGUUGAAUCGAAUAAGAUAUUGAAGUCUUAUAUUGUGUUUAGUCAAUUUUCUUAAAGUUGUGAAGCUUUUAAGUCAUCUCCUUUGGUUGAAGUUGUCACAGCAGCAUGAGACAAAACUAAAAUAGUUUGGAAAGUGAGUUCUUUAGUAAAGAGAUAAGAGGGUCAGAACUUGCCAAAUACAUAAACCUAGCACCUUGAAUUUCCAUAUAGUAAGACAUGUUAACGAAUAUUACCUGAAUAAUUGAGGACAAUUCAAAGAGCAUACAUGUUUGGGUACUUUUCACAGGCACUGAUAGUGUUGAAUGAUAUAAAUCAAUGAGAGUAUGAAUCAGAUUGUACCACCUUCUAUGCUUGUUCAAAGAGUUCACAGUCAGUGGUUUCAUACACAUGUCUCAUCUUUGUUUUCUUCUAAUCUUUUCAGUCCUUGAGUUCAGAAAUUUAGUUAUCAUAUUAGAGAUCAGAUCUCAUUUUGAAGAGUUCUUUCCGACAUGAUUGAUGAGGGCAUUGGCCAGCACCUUAUGACCCGUUGAGUAUAGUUUGUGGCCCUUGCAAGCCUUGUGAUACCAAAACAUCCAUAGCGCAUCCUGUGUUUUUAGUUCAAUGCCAAAGUUAUGGAGUUCUAGAUGAUUAGAUGUGAUGUAUUCUUGGUCAAUUGCUGGGUGCCAAGAUUCCAGUUAUUUGAGACAGUAAUUUGUUUCUUCCAGUUGAAACGUCUUGAGCUCUGAUGGAGAAAGUUGAAUCUUAAAUUGAUCGGUUAUGUCUGUUGCUGUCAGCUUGAGGUCAUUGAGGUUUCCUUUCUAGGAGUCAUGAUUAUGUGGUUAUGUCUACCAGGCUAACGGAGCAUGCUUAAUGACAAGGACAAUCUGUAGUGUGGUAAUUUGGAUGAAGCCAUUUGUUGUAUGAUAUCUGUCCGCCCUCCUCAAAACUGGUCGCUAUCCUUUCAUUGUUUUCAAUAUUGAAACAAUGUUUAUUUAACAUGUACUUCUAAUUAGGCUUAUUUUAUGGUGUAGAAUGUUUUAUUUAAUUCUUUUGCUAGCAUAUUGACCCCGAGUCCUUCAAUUAUAUGCUUAUGAUUCUUAUCAUCUUGGGUCAGCUUGUUUUGCCCUCAAUUUUUUUUCCUCCUAGGAUUUUAUUUGGUCAAUAGAUAUCAUUGAUAACUAUGUGCUCUUUUGUGGUUCUUAAAGCUUAGUUUACAUAUACUUGUUAGAAAACUUAUUUAUAUGAUUAUACAUCUUUUUUGAAAACUGAAAUAUUGUUUCUCCACAUGAACUUCCUGUUUUCCUUAGCAUUAAGCAUCCAUUUCUUAACUAAUUUAUCCCAAAUAAUUUGGGCAGUGUUUCUGAUACAACAGCAAUCAAUUCCACUUCAUGCAACCCUUACAGAUAGUAUUUGAACAAUAUUCCUGGGCCUUUUCCUAGUUCAAGUUGAGUUUAUUAAGACCUCUGAUUGUUUAAAUGGAGAUAGUAAAUAACUGCUGCAUGAAUUAUAGACUGGCAAUCAGUUUGUCACUUGUUUUGUCCAUAAACUAGGAUGAUGUUAUUUUAAUGUUUCCAAUAUAUAUAUGUCAAAAUCAUUUUUAACUGGUUAGAGUUGGAUAAAUUUGUGGUUAUUGUUUCUUGUUUAGAAGUUGCUGCUGGAGUUGGAUUUAAUGUAUGCUAUUAAUACUAGUGUGCCAGGUCUGAGCAAUUUGUGUUUGGUUUCUUUUGUCUGCAUGCUUUCUGUGAAGCGCUACUUUGUAAGCAUAUCUUAUAUUGAAUAAAGAUUUCUGUGGUUGAGCAAGAAUCACACAUUUUGAGGUGUUAGUGUUCCUCUGCUAGUGUUGGGAUUGCGGGAGCUGUUAAAAGGGCAGUUGCAGUUUGAGAUAGUUAUUGUUUUAUUUACCACCUGAUAGACAUAGUUAAUAUCCUUUAUAGUAAGAAAAUGUCUAAUCCUUGAUGAUAUUAAUGCAUUAUGUUCCUAAUCGAGAAGAAAGUUUGGGGAACUGUGCAAUUCAUGCUGACUUAUUCCCCUUCCUGCUAGUUGGCACCAAGUUUGUUAUUGUGAAUUACUGCUGUAUCAAUAGUUUCUGUUUGGAGAACAAAGUUUUUGAACUGAAAGAAUGGUUAAACCUCGCCAUCAAACAACAUUUCUGCUCAGUGUGAAGUGGACUGAUAUGCCUUAGACAAAGGGGAAGACAUGAUCUAGCAUCGACUCUUCUGAUUAAUGGCUCCUUGUUGAGCUUGAUUUCUUAUCUCUCCUCCUUGCUUCAUCUGCUCUGAAGUAGUUAGUGUCUAAAGUAUAUCCGAGAACUAUAUACUUGCUCAUGUGGUACCCAAGAUUGAUUAUUUGGCUUUUUCUCCACUCUUCUUUAGUCUUGCAUACACCUUUGAAUUCUGGAACAAUACGAUGCUCUGUUUUGUGGAGAUAGUGCAGUUUGAUUGGGAAAAGAUGGGCAGUUUAAGGAUGUAGCUUGUGGGUACACCAUUGGCUUCUUCCUAUGCAGAUGUUAAUGUGUUAUGGGGGGCAAAUUUAAGAAUGGUUUCUAUAGAAUAGUAUGAUUCUUUGUUUGUUAUAAAUGUUAUUGCAGUAAGUUCAGAAAUGGAUAAUUGGAGUUUGGACAAGGUUCACAUGACAUGACAAGGAGGAUAAUUGGAGUUUCCAAUUCUUGAAUCAUUUUGGCUAAUGUAUUGUGAAUUGGUUGUAGGUGAUGGUGGAAAGAGAUACAGGUCGUCCCCGUGGAUUUGGGUUUAUAACAUUUGCAGAUCGACGAGGAAUGGAUGAUGCUAUCAGGGAAAUGCACGGCAGGGAAUUAGACGGUCAAGUCAUAACUGUCAACAGGGCUCAGCCGAAAAGGUCAGGCGACGACUCUAACUAUGGGGGUUUUAACGGAAGCAGGGAAGAUGGAAGAGAUGGUCAGAGAGGAGGUGGCAGUUUCAGAGACAGUUACAGAGGUGGAGACAACAAACCUCUUUCUGGGAAUACUGAUUGUUUCAAGUGCGGACGCCCCGGUCAUUUUGCUCGUGAAUGCCCUACCGCAGGUGGAGGUGCGGGUGGUGGUAGAGAUAGAUUCUCGAGGUUUGGUGGGGACCGCUUUGAAGAUCGGUUUGAUGGAGGAGGAAGGUAUGGCGAUCGGGAGCGAGUUGAUGUUAGGGAGAGUAGGUAUGGAAGUCGGGACAGGUAUGUGAAUAACGAUAGGUAUCCUCUUCCAGCUGUUGGAGAGAGGUUUGGUGCUGGCGAUCGUUAUUUGGACAGGGAGACUUCAAAUGGAUAUGGUAAGGAGAGGGAGUAUGUUCGAGACUUGCCAAGAGGAGGAGGAGGCGGUGAUCGGUAUGGAAGUGGUGGUCCGGCUCGAUAUGAAAGGGGAAGUUAUCGUGAAAGAUCUGGGCCUUAUGAUCGUGCUGGAAGGGGAGGAGGAGGUGGAGGAAGAGGAGGCGGUAGGCCGGGUGCGUAUGACCGAUACUGAUAGUGGUGGCAUGGCUGCUUAUUUAUGUUUUGAUCCUCUUAAACUAGAUGUUUUUGUUUGUUUGUUUGCUUGUGUUUCAUUUUAGAUAUAGAGAUGCCCAAGUUAUCUUUAAGAUGAUGAUCUUUGUUUCAUGCAUAUUUAUGUUGUUUAACUGCAAACCCCGUCCCCAAUGAAGCAUGAACUUGUUAUUUUUAGAUAUUUGCUAUGGAUUGUUUUAUGUUUUGAAUUCUACGUUUUCAUGAUUUGUUGCCCUA